AUGAAUAAAAAAUCACCUGAACACCUUAAAGAAAGAUUGGAGAGAAGAUUGAAUGCAUUACAAUUAGGUGUAGAAAUUGGUAAUGAAUAUAGAAAUGAUAAAGUUAGACAAUCACAUAGGGGACUCCAACAUUUUCAAAAGAACAAUAUCAAUUAUUGGUUACCAUUGUUGUUGAAUUGGUUAAAAAAAAAACAAAAUUUAGGUAUGAAUGAAAUUGCUCAAUUUCUUAAUAAUAAUCAAUUAAAUAAAUAA